AUGUCUCGGCUGGAUAAUCCAAGUUAUAUAUGUUGCCUGCCGCCCGAGUUUGCGAGACAUACCAGGCCCUGGCUAGCUAGGCUCACCUCAUUCUGGCGGAUAUCGCUUGUGCUCAAGGGAAAAGCGCAUGAUCGAUAUCGAAAACUGCACCAGAAAUAUGGCCCAAUUGUGCGGACUGCUCCCAAUGUCGUGGAUAUAUCAGACCCAUCUGCCAUAUCCAUCAUAUAUGGCAUCAAUAGCAAAUUUCUAAAGUCCCUUUUCUAUCGCCCAUUUGACAUGAUUUAUGAAGGCGAAUUUAUGUCCAGCAUGUUCACGUGUCGAUCUCCCGAAGAGCAUAAGGCGCUGAAACGCCCGGUAGCGCAAAAGUUCAGUAUGACAUCGAUCCGGACCUUUGAAUACCUUGUGGACCCCUGCAGUGAAAUAUUCACAGAAUCUAUGAAGGACUUGCAAGGCCAGGUAGUGGACCUUGGGGUCUGGGCACAGUGGUAUGCGUUUGACGCAAUCGGUGCCAUGACUUUCGGACAACGCUUUGGUUUCAUGGAACAACGCAAAGAUGUCGAGAACAUGAUAGCAGGGUUAGAGCAUGGCCUGAUGUUAGCAUCCGUCACCGGACAGAUUCCCUGGAUUCACCGAUUCUUCAUUGGGAAUAAGACUCUUCGAAAAAUCGUAGGCAGGCUGUCUCUUAAGGACCCCAUGCACAUUGCAAACAGAAAAUACGACGCCGGCGCUAAUUCCAACGACAGGCGCGAUUUCUUAGCUUACUUUCGACAGCAGCAGAAGUCAACUGGCGAACCGAUGCCGCAGAAAGAGUUGAUGAAUCAUUUAAUAAACAAUCUCCUUGCGGGAAGUGAUACAACUGCAAUCUCAUUGCGCGCUAUUUUUUAUUAUGUGAUUCGAGAUAAACGAGUUUAUCGCAAGCUGCAGUCUGAGAUUGAUGGACUUGAGGUUGCAGGAAAGCUCUCUCCAGUGAUCAGCUAUGGUGAAAGCCUUCAAAUGGAGUAUCUUCAAGUCUGUAUGAAAGAGGCCAUGCGAAUGCAUCCAGGAGUAGCAUUGCCACUCGAGAGACUGGUGCCUGCCGGAGAAACGCGGCUAGCAGGGCACUUUUUGUCCGAAGGUACCGUCGUGGGGAUAAACCCAGCCGUGAUCCACCGGGAUCGCGAGAUAUUUGGCGUAGACGCGGAUGAGUUCCGACCAGAGCGGUGGUUGGACGAAGAAGAAAAGGUCAAAAGCAUGGAUCGCCAUCUGCUUACUUUUGGAGCAGGGGUGAGAACUUGCAUCGGUAAGAACAUUUCUCUAAUGGAAAUGGGCAAGUUUAUCCCCCAGGUAUUCCGAAAGUUCGAGUUGGAGUGGGCGUCCGCUGAACCGGAGUGGGACAUCCACACAUAUUGGUUUUCUAAACAGAGUGGACUGUUGGUACGUUUCAAAGAAAGAUGA